CCGGAGGGUGGAGACUCGGAGAGGAGGGAGGCAGCGGGGCUCUCAGCUGGAGCAGAAACAGAGAGAGAGAGAGAGAGAGAGAGAGAGAGAGAGAGAGAGAGAGAGAGAGAGAGAGAGGAGUGUGUGUGUGGAUGUACUUUGCUCGCCUCGCUCGCUCACUGAGUGUGUGGAUUCUACUCCACAGCGCUGGAUGCGUGGGGGCUUCGCUGAGAAGAAGGAGAGAAAAGAAAAACAUCAAGAAAGACGGAGAGCGUGGCAGACACAAGCCUCUGACCGAGCGGGUGGCAGACAGCAGGGCAGGAGGCGUAAGGAGGAGCAAGCAGACAAGGCUGAGCAGACAGGAACUGAGCGGGAGCGCCCAUGGCGAGCAACAACACGGCCAGCAUCGCACAGGCCAGGAAGCUGGUGGAGCAGCUGAAGAUGGAGGCCAACAUUGACAGGAUAAAGGUGUCCAAAGCAGCGGCAGACUUAAUGUCUUACUGCGAAGCUCAUGCCAAAGAGGACCCCCUGCUGUCACCGGUGCCAGCGUCGGAGAACCCGUUCAGGGAGAAGAAGUUCUUCUGCGCCAUCCUGUAAAGCCAGCAUGGCCCCUCAGCCGCCUGCUGCCGGAGGGACUUUGAACGCCGACGUUCAGAACCCGUAGAAAUCGUCUAGUAGGAGGGCAUCGCGCUCUCUUUGCCCUCUUAAGCGCUUGGCAUUUAAAGAGAUCCAAUCUACAGAGUAAACAUGUAACCAAUGAAGGCGGUGUUAUGUUUUCUUGUUGUUUUUUUGUUGUUUUUUUUUCUUUGGAGGAUGUGCGGCAUGUCGUAGGGAUUUGUACUUUUAGGCGACUGAAAAAGGAAGAUGGUGGGAGCGAUAAUCCCCCCGGGACGUGACGGACAACCAAUCAACCGACCGGGUUGUCGGGCUCUGUUGUGUCUAAAUUUCGAAACCAGAUAAAGUCAUGGAUGUGUUUUGUUGCCCUGUGGGGACCAUCGGGUGGAGCGCCACAGGGACAAGCAGCCAAAACUCUUGACUCUGCCCGAUUAUCAUUGGAAUGUCUUAUAUCUUAUUUUAUGUCUUUUUUUCAAGUUGUUUGCGUUUUUACCAAUUUCACCGAGAUAAUCUUUCUGUAACUGUAAGUACGUGACUGAUGAAGCCUUUAUCUUUUGCUCCUUCUUUUUGUUUUGUAAGCCAACAACAGGUUAGUGAAAGCUUCUUUUUAAUGGCGGGACGUUUCUCUCUGUGCACCUUCCUGAAAGUCCGUCGUCUGUGAAUCAGACAAACACGACGCAGUUUGUCUCCUUCGGACACAAUCCCUCUUUCUACUGUUUGUACAAAGUGACUAGCAGAUAAACUGUGCUGUGGUGUGGGCUCGA